AUGAAGGACGAAGAUAAUUUUUGCCUAUCAAAAACAGCCGAGAAUCAACUCGUGCGUACACUGCGGAAGGAAGAAAGUGGCCGAUCACGACAUACUGGACGUGAUGAUCGUGCUACGACGGAGCAGGUGCUUGAUCCACGUACACGUAUGAUCUUAUACAAGAUGCUGAACCACGGAAUCGUUACAGAAAUUAACGGCUGCUUAAGCACGGGCAAGGAAGCCAAUGUAUACCAUGCACGGCUUCCUGAUGGAAGAGAAGGUGCUAUUAAAGUAUAUAAGACUUCUAUUCUGGUCUUUAAAGACCGUGAAAAGUACGUUUCGGGCGAGUUUCGCUUCCGUCAUGGCUAUUCCAAGAGUAAUCCACGUAAAAUGGUCAAGCUCUGGGCUGAGAAAGAAAUGCGCAAUUUACGUCGCUUGAAAGAGUCUGGCAUUUAUUGUCCAGCACCUAUUCUAUUACGCUCUCAUGUGCUGAUCAUGGACUUUAUCGGUCAUGAUGGCUGGGCGGCUCCCCGUCUCAAGGACGCCAAGAUCAGUGACAUUCGUUAUCGAGAAUGCUAUCUCUAUUGCAUUAAAAUGAUGCGUACAAUGUACCAAAAAUGCCGUCUUGUGCAUGGAGAUUUGAGUGAGUACAAUAUUCUAUACUACCAGACAAAACUCUACUUUAUUGAUGUGUCGCAGUCUGUAGAGCACGAGCAUCCAAGUGCCAAUGACUUUUUACGCAAAGAUUGCCGCAAUAUUGCAGACUAUUUCCGCAAAACUGGCGCGCUUAAUCCCAUGACUACACAGGAGCUGUUCGACUUUGUCACGGACCCGCGUAUUGCUGAAGAGGACUUGGACGACUACCUUAACGAGAUUCAGCGCAAAAUUGCAGACCGACCUGUGGAGCGCACAAAUCAAGAACAAGUAGAUGAAGCUGUGUUCAUGAACACGUUCAUCCCUCACUCACUCGGUGAGGUACUUCACUCGGAGCGAGAGCAGCUUGCCUAUCAAGAUGGAACGAUGGAAAAAGCAUUGGUGACGGCAAUCUCGCGCCUUGAAGUUCAACGGAAAACGACUUCGCCCGCUCCGGCCAUGCAGCACACGCGUAUCAUGGACCUCUUGAACGAGCAGGAUGACCAAGAGCUUGAUUCUAGUGACGAUGAUGGUGAUGACGAUGGCGAUGACAAUGACGGCGAUAGUGACGACGAUUCUGACAGCGAAUAUGAUGACGAAGAUGACGAAGAAGGAACGUUGCUUUCUGGAACUGAACCGCUGACAGACGGACAGCGAGCUGUAUAUCGGCUUCAAAAGCGUGACGAACGUGAAAAACAGAAGGCGCUAGAUAAGUUGAACAAGAAGGCACGCAAGCUGGAAACCAAAGAGGAGAAGAAGGCAAAGCGACAGACAAAGAUUCCGAAGCAUAUCAAGAAGCGCCACAAAAAACUUUCUCACCAAAAGAAUAAAAAGUAA